AUGAAAGGAGGCCUGGGAUUUAGAGAUUUGAGAAGUAUGAAUCUUGCUUUGCUGGAACUUGGGAACAACCCAUCAUAUAUAUGGCGUGGUCUUUUGGAAGCUAAGCAGAUAAUCCGCCAAUGGGCUAGGCGAAGUAUCGGGGAUGGCAGGACAACCACUAUUGGGUGCGAUCCAUGGCUUGUGACGGAGAUGGACCCAUAUGUUACCACUGAUUUGCAUUUGUCCAUCAGAGAGGCCCCCGUCAGUUCUUUGCUCAGGGAAGAUGGGGUUAGUUGGGAUGUGGCGUGUGUCAAUGAUGUUUUCGACGAACGAGAUGCAAACUAUAUACUAAACAUCUCGGUAAGUAUUUGCAAACCUGCUGAUUCAUGGGUAUGGUUUGGGGAUUCGAAGGGAAGAUACACGGUCAAGUCGUGUUACCGGCUCAUUACUGGGGAGUCCAAUGAUGAUAGGCCAUGGAAUCUGAUAGGGAGCUUACAGGGAGAAGAUGAGAGUACAGAACAUCUGUUUCAUGACUGCUUGCAUGCUGCGAAUCUGUGGAGUACAAUUAACCUGCCUCCUCUGCUGCUGCAACAAGGUAAUGUGAUAGAUUGGUUUUUCCAGCGCUUGAGGAGCUUAAGUGGUGACUUACAGUGCCUGUUUGUGAUGUUGUGUUGGGGACUAUGGGGGAGUAGGAAUGAUAGUGUAUGGAGGGGAAUGCCAUUUGAUCAAGAGUCAGUGCUGCGCUCAUCGGUGUCUUUUUUGCACAACUGGAGGGCAGUGAACGAGCAGGCAAGUGGUGUAGUGCAUGCGAGUCUGGAAUCUUGGAAGCCGCCGACUGUGGGGAGACUCAAGCUGAACACAGACGCGACCAUCAGUGUGGAGAAUAAUGCUAUGGGGCUCGGAUGGGUUCUACGGGACCAAGAUGGUCGUUUCAUGGCUGCACGGAGUAUGCGAGUUCCAGGGAGGUAUAUGGUGGUGGAGGCAGAGGUGCUUUGUUUACGUGAGGCACUGGUUUGGUUAUGUGGAACGGGAAUGGGCAACGUGGACAGCGAAACAGAUUCCCAUAUUUGUUUUCAUGCUUUAAAUUCUGAUUCUUUUACUUCUGCAUUUGGUUUUUUGAUUGAUGAUGUUAAGCAUAUAGCCUCUACGAUUGAUGGGGUUAGCUUUGAGUGUGUUAGGCGAUCUGCGAAUCGUGCGGCCCAUGCAGUAGCUAGGGAAGCCGUUUCUGUGUCAGGUCCAAGGGAAUGGUUUGAUAUGCCACCUCUAUAUCUUGUUGCGAUUCUUAACGAUGAUUUAAUGAAUUAA